CCCAAUAACAAAAGAGCGCAGAGAAAAGAGAGAAUACGGCGUUUCUCAAAACUUGCAGUAAUCAGUCACUCGAGGUUCAACUUUUAACAAUGGCGGCGAAGCCUCAGAAGAGUAGCGGCGAAAUGAACAAGAGAAAGAGAAUCCCUAACCAGAAAACAGAGGGAACUGACUCUAUUUCGAAGAAACCUAAGUUUACUCCUAAUUCCAAUAAGCCUAAGUUCAGCUCGAGCGAUGUUCAGAGUAAAUUCACGAAAAAGCCCUUCAAAUCACCUUCAAAGGACUACCAUAAACCUAGUGUGAAUAAAGAUGGAGUGGAUGACUCCAAGAAAAUUGGCCGUUUGCGUGCAAAGGAACUAACUGAAGAAAGAAAAAAGAAGAGGAAGAAGCAUUAUUCGUUGGAACAAGAUCUUUCCUUGCUUUGGGAGAAGAUGAGACGCCGAAAUAUUGCAAAAGAAGAUAGAUCAAAGUUGGUGAGUGAAGCAAUAUCGAAGAUGAAGGGGAAGAUUUCCGAAAUUGCAAGCUCUCACGUUUCAUCUCGUGUUCUUCAGACAUGUGUUAAGCAUUGUACACAAGAAGAAAGAAACGCUGUGUUCGUGGAGCUUCGUCCGCAUUUUAUUUCACUUUCAAGCAAUACUUAUGCAGUUCAUCUUGUUACUAAGAUGUUAGACCAUGCAUCGAAAGAACAGCUAGGAGAAUUUAUCUCGUCUCUUCAUGGUCAUGUUGCUACUCUUCUUCGACAAAUGGUCGGCUCACUAGUUAUUGAACAUGUGUAUAAUUUGGGGAAUGCAACACAGAAGCAAGCUCUUCUUGUGGAACUAUACUCGCCAGAACUUCAGUUAUUUCAGGAUUUGGUGAUUGCGAAAGAUGACAGAUUAGAAGAUGUAAUAUCGAAGCUGCAGUUAUCAAAGUCGUCAGUCUCGCGUCACAUGUCAUCUGUGCUUCAGCCGAUAAUGGAGAAAGGGAUAUUAGACCAUUCCAUUGUGCACAGGGCAUUAUAUGAAUACCUCACCAUUGCCGAUAAGACUUCUGCAGCAGAUGUGAUUCAGCAGCUUGCAGGUCCAUCUCUUAUUCGAAUGAUCCACACUAAGGAUGGAUCCAGGCUUGCUAUGUUUUGUAUCAAGCAUGGGAGUGCAAAGGAGAGGAAGAAAAUUAUCAAAGGCAUGAAAGGCCAUGUCGACAAAAUAGCGCGCGACAAAUUCGGGAAUUUGGUACUUGUCUCGAUUUUCUCGGUUGUUGACGACACCAAACUCGUGUCGAAGAUUAUCAUUCGCGAGCUUGAAGGAAACUUAAAGGAGCUUCUUUUAGAUCAGGGUGGAAGGCGCCCCAUUAUGCAGCUUCUGCAUCCUAACUGUGCUCGAUAUUUCUUUUCCGAUGAUUUAACAUCUUUGAGCCUAACUAUUCCUUCACUAAAGAAUAAGGAAGAAUCUGAUGUCAAUGAAGAAGCUGUUGUUGAAGAAGAUAAGAACGAGGAAGAUGACGAUUCUGCUCCAAGUACACAACUAAUCGAGGGUGGUAAGAAAGAUUCUAUUAAGCGUAGACAGGAGUUGCUUGUAAACAGCGGGCUUGCUGAGAAACUCGUUGAUGCAUGUUGUGAAAUGGCAGAAAGCUUACUGAGAUCUAAAUUUGGGAAAGAGGUUAUAUACGAGGUUGCUACUGGAGGAGCUGAUGGAAUACUUCAUCCAACACUGGACGAAAAGUUGGGAGAAUUAUACGAAGCUAUAGCAACUAUUGUUGCACAGCCUAAACUGGAUGAUUCAAAAGAAGAACAUAUUUUGGAACACUUUCACUCGAGCAGGACUAUCAAGAAACUUAUUCUCGACUGCCCUGCUUUUGCUUCCACUCUAUGGGAAAAAGCUCUCAAAGGGAAUUGUGCAACUUGGGUCAAAGGCCACAGUUCGAAGGUAAUUAGUGCAUUCUUGGAAACCUCAAACACUGCGAUCAAUGAGUUGGCCAAAGCAGAGUUGCAGCCGUUUGUAAAGAGAGGUGAACUAAAAUUAUCGGUAGCCGAAUGAGUUAGCUAAACAAGACUAAAUCUGUAAUGCCGUAAUCAGGUGAAAUGAACAAGAAAACAUAUUCCUCAGAGACCACUGAGUUUUUACUUUUUGAGGCCUUCGUUUUGGGCUACCUUCUGUUUUGUCCAAUGAGUGUUUUUGUAUUUCUUUUUUAAUGUCUCGAAGAAGAAAAAUUUUGUAGCCUAAGCUAUAUAUGACUGUAGAUGAAACAAAGCAGUGUUUUGUUCUUGUCACACAAACUUACUUUCUUGCUUAAUUCAAUAUCUUCUAUUUUUAUUUU